UUUCCACUUAAUUAAAAAUGAAUUUUAAUAGUGGAAAUCCAUCUUCAUUUGGUAUUGGAAGUUCCUCUUCUUCUUCUUCUUCAAAUUCAUCUGAAUUUGAUGAAUGGUUAAUGAAUGAAAAUGAAGCAAUGGAUAUAGAAGAACAAAUUGCAAUCAAUAUGAUUAUCAACAACAACCGCCUCAUUUACCAACUCAUUCAAGAAAAUGAUGAUUCCUCUGAGAGAGAACGAUCGUCAUCUUCUUCGCUAAGCUCUGGGAGUAGUACGAGAAACGAACUAGCCAUGGAUCUCUCUACUGUUACGGAAGCUUUGGCCGCCAAAUCCUAUGAUAGAAUCGCCGAUAUAUGCGAUAAUCUUAUGCUUCAGGUUGCUUCCGAAGGAAUCUCUUUCCAUGAUGACUGGCCUUACGCAAUCCAUCUUCUGGGUUACUUUUACGUUGACGAUUGUGAUAGCGCCCGUUUCCUCUGGAAAACAAUACCUACAGCUAUCAAGGAGAGCAAGCCUGAAGUUGUCGCUGCUUGGAGGAUUGGGCAGAAGCUGUGGACGCGUGACUAUGCAGGUGUAUACGAAGCUAUUCGGGGUUAUGAUUGGAGUCAAGAAGCCAAAGAUAUGGUUGCUGCAUUCUCAGAUCUUUACACCAAAAGGAUGUUUCAGCUUUUGUUGUCUGCCUACUCCACAAUUACCAUCUCUGAUGUGGCCCUUUUCCUAGGGAUGACGGAGAAUGAUGCCACAACUUAUGUUGUAGAGAAUGGAUGGAUAGUGGAUGCAACUUCUCAAAUGGUGACCGUUAAGAAGCAAGCUGUUAAAAGAGAGCAAAAGGUGGAUUCAUCGAAGCUUCAACGUUUGACAGAGUAUGUGUUCCACCUUGAGCACUAAAGUAAGAGACCAAUCUCUCUCAUUAAAGGGUUUCAGAUAGUGAAAAAAACUAAAACACCAAACAAACUUCUGUUUCGAGGAGAGUCGUUUAGUUUUUGGUUAUUUUUGUCUUGUUACCCCUAAGGUUUUGAUUACUGAUGGGUACUAAUGCACUACAUGAUAUUAGGAUUUGUUUUCCGCA